AUGUCGACCAAUACUUCCAAAACUUUGGAGUUGUUUUCAAAGAAGACGGUAGCAGAACACAAUACUGCCAAGGACUGCUGGGUCACUUAUCAGAACAGGAAAAUUUAUGACGUGACCAAGUUCUUAAGCGAACACCCUGGUGGUGACGAGUCCAUUUUGGACUAUGCCGGUAAGGACAUUACUGAGAUCAUGAAAGACUCUGAUGUGCAUGAACACAGCGAUUCCGCUUAUGAAAUCCUCGAGGACGAAUAUUUAAUUGGUUACUUGGCCACUGACGAAGAGGCGGCAAGGUUGUUGACUAACAAAAACCAUAAGGUCGAAGUACAGUUGUCUGCUGACGGUACCGAGUUCGACUCCACUACUUUUGUGAAGGAGUUGCCCACCGAGGAGAAACUAAGUAUUGCCACGGACUACAGUAAUGACUACAAAAAACACAAAUUUUUGGAUUUGAACCGUCCUCUGUUGAUGCAGAUCCUGCGUAGUGAUUUCAAGAAGGAUUUUUACGUUGACCAAAUUCACAGACCAAGACAUUACGGUAAGGGGUCUGCUCCGUUGUUUGGUAAUUUCUUGGAACCCUUAACUAAAACAGCUUGGUGGGUUGUUCCAAUUGCUUGGUUGCCCGUGGUUGUGUACCACAUGGGCGUUGCUUUAAAGAACAUGAAUCAGUUAUUUGCAUGUUUCUUGUUCUGUGUCGGUGUCUUUGUUUGGACUUUGAUUGAAUACGGCCUUCACCGUUUUCUAUUUCAUUUCGAUGAUUGGUUGCCUGAAAGUAACAUUGCAUUCGCCACUCAUUUUCUACUACAUGGUUGCCACCAUUACUUGCCCAUGGACAAGUACCGUUUAGUUAUGCCACCUACUUUAUUCGUUAUUCUUUGUGCUCCAUUUUACAAGUUGGUGUUUGCUCUGCUGCCACUUUAUUGGGCUUACGCUGGUUUUGCUGGUGGCCUUUUCGGUUAUGUUUGUUAUGAUGAAUGUCAUUUCUUCUUACACCACUCCAAAUUGCCUCCCUUCAUGCGUAAAUUAAAAAAAUACCACUUGGAACAUCAUUACAAGAACUACCAAUUGGGAUUUGGUGUCACUUCCUGGUUUUGGGACGAAGUUUUUGGUACCUACUUAGGUCCUGAUGCCCCAUUGUCCAAGAUGAAAUAUGAAUAA